AUGGGCAACCUCCGCCUCUUCCGUCUCUGCCUCCUGCUGGGCUCGGUGUUCAUGCUCUUCCUCAUCAUCCUGUACUGGGACGAGGUGGGUAACGCCGGGCUACACCUGCGCACCUCUCCGCCCGCUCCUCCUCCUCCUCCUCUUCCCCCUGCGCUGGCAGCGACGGGGCCCCUGGUGACGACACGGCCCCUCGCCACCUCCACCCAGCUGAUGUGGACGGGCGAGGACAAGGGCUACGCCUUCAUCUGGGACACGGAUGCCUUCGACCGGGAGGUGAUGGCUGACCCAGACCCGCCCGAGACCCGGCCCACGAAAGACUUGGCGGCUCGACUGCAGCGUCCGGUGCCGAAACCCCCAGCAGCUGGGGAGAUCCUAGAUCUCCCGGAGACCCCGGGGACCACAGCGUCUCCGCAAGAGUCGGAGCCGACACCCACGCAAGCCAGACCAUCACUGCCAACCACCACGACAACCACAACCAAAACCACCACGACAACCACAACCACAACCCAGACCCCAACCACAACCACCACCACUACGACCACUACGACCACUGCACCCGCCACAUCUUCAGCAGCCCAUUGGAACCAGACCAGCAAGCUACCAGAACCACAGAGAAGAGACAACAUGUCUGUCCAGCCUCCUGGGUUAGCCCCCGUCCCUCCGACCCCCCCGUUCCUGAACCUCCUGAGGCGUCAGGCGGGGCGGAGGCGGCACCUGCAGGAGGCCUGCGCGGCUGACAGCGGCCUCGACUUCCCAGGGAAGCUGCGCUCCUUCGACCAGAUCCCCAGCCAGGCGCUGGACCACCUGAUCGUGGACGACCGGCACGGGAUCAUCUACUGCUACGUGCCCAAGGUGGCCUGCACCAACUGGAAGCGUGUGAUGAUCGUGCUGGGGCAGAAGCUGGUCGCCGGGAGCAACAAGCCCGACGCAGCGCCCCCGACGCCUUACCGCCGGCCGCAGGACGUCCCUUCGGAGCUGAGCCACAACGGAACGCUGCACCUGACCUUCAACAAGUUCUGGCGCCGCUACGGAAAGGCCUCGCGGAACAUCAUGCACGCCAAGCUCCGCAAGUACACCAAGUUCCUGUUUGUGCGCGACCCGUUCGUGCGACUCAUGUCGGCUUUCCGAAACAAACUGGCCCAGCCCAACGAGGACUUCUACCGGCAGUUUGGCUUGCGCAUGCUGCAACGUUACACCAACAUCACCCAACCCCCGGCCACCGCUCGAGAGGCCUUCAAGGCAGGGUUGCGACCCUCUUUUGCAGACUUUGUCCACUACCUCCUGGACCCCGACACAGAGAAAGAGGAGCUGUUCAACGAGCACUGGCGGCAGGUGUACCGCCUGUGCCACCCGUGUCAGAUCGGCUACGAUUUUGUCGGGAAGCUCGAGACGCUGGACGAGGAUGCCCAGCACCUGCUCCACAUCAUGAAGAUGGACCACGAGAUUCAGUUCCCGCCUGGCUACCGGAACAGAACCGCGGCCAGCUGGGAGCACGACUGGUUCGCUAACGUUCCCCUGGAGGACAGACGGAAGCUGUAUAAACUUUAUGAGCCAGAUUUCCGGCUAUUUGGAUACCCCAGGCCAGAGUCACUACUGCAUGUAUGACAGUCACAGACGUGACACUGGUCAGCACCUGCUGACUCUCUAAAAGGGUUAUCUAAAAGACAAUAAUGGUGUCUUUUUGAGUGAUUCAAGAGGACUAUGGUGAAUAAGGUAGCUAUGGUAGCUUACUGAGCAUCCUGGUUGGCAGUCCAGAAGGUUCCUCUUAGGAACACUCUUAGGAUUCUGAGUGCUCCUUUAUCCUCCCUUAAGUUCCAUUGAGAGCACCAUGUUCUGACUGACACUGAAAAAAAUGACUGUUCAAAGUGCUGAAAAGAAUUUGCUCUUGAGAAUGUUUGGGUUGGUGCCAAAUUGCUUUAAAAACCUAAGUGCUGAGCAGGGGAGACUGUUUAUUAAAGAACCCUUUGUAAUAAGCAAGUUAUUUAGAAUAGAAAUAUGAGAUAUAAGAUAAACUAUUUCACGGAAUUACAUUACAUUCAACUACCUAAUUAUAAAAAAUACAUCAUUAACAACAAUCAUGUAGAUCAUUUGGCAUAUAAUCAAGGUAAAUGGUAUUAUACUUUUAAAAGUUCAGCCAAGGGAAGCAAUCCUAAAGGCAGCAUUGAACACUACCAGUGAAGCGAGUUUAUAGGUGAUAAAAAUCAACCUAACUCCUGCCUGUGCCGCCUUGCCUUUAAGUGCUCACAAAAAACAUGGCACAUCAAUUUCUUACAGCAGUGAGUUUGCCAUUUCUACGGAACAGUGACGACACUUAAAAAGGUUUCUCCUGUUAUUAGUUCCACUAAGUGGACGAACCGUUUCUGAACCGUGGAACGAACUACACCGGAGUUAUAACCCGCCAUUUUGUGGCUCGUGUCCCAAAACUGAUGUGUCUCUGAGACAUAAUGGUUCUGAUUAACACUGCUGUGUCGUUAGCACUCGUUAGCAGGCCGUGCCUUCAAAGGGAGAGGAAUGUUGUUGUUGUUGUUUUAAACACGUUCCCUGUUCACUACUACAUCAGUACUGUACACAAUGUGAAGAACGCCCAUAAACGUGUUGAAUACACUUCAGUUCUAGUUGUGAUUUUUUGUCCACACUUAACACCAA